ACCAUGCUCGUUGUUCGGCGUCAAUUACAAAAUUUAAUAGAAUUUGAUAUUACUGUAAUAUAUGACAUAAAAAAAGUAAACAAUAACAUUGUUUGAAAUAUUAUAAACAUCUUGCUUGUAAGAACUUAAAAAUUCUGCACUUCUAAAACUGCACUGGACUACUUUGUUAAAUGUUAUUCAAGUCCUGAUUCACAUAAAAAAUGGCACGAAAUGCAGAAAAGGCAAUGACCACUCUUGCUCGAUGGAGAGCUGCACAGAGCAAUGAAGAAGCUAGGAAAGAACAAGAAAGGAGACCAUAUUUAGCUUCUGAAUGUAGAGAUUUACGAAAAGCAGAAAAAUGGAGAAUGCAGAUAAUAAGAGAAAUUGCAAAGAAAGUUGCACAAAUACAAAAUGCUGGUUUAGGUGAAUUUCGUAUUCGAGAUUUAAACGAUGAGAUUAAUAAAUUAUUGAGAGAAAAGCGACAUUGGGAGGCUCAAAUAAAAGAAUUAGGUGGACCUGACUAUUCUAGAGUAGGACCACGUAUGCUAGAUCAUGAAGGUCGUGAGGUACCUGGGAAUCGUGGUUACAAAUAUUUUGGAGCAGCAAAAGAGUUACCAGGUGUUAGAGAAUUAUUUGAGCAAGAACCACCGCCACCGCCUAGAAAAACACGUGCUGAAUUGAUGAAGGAUAUCGACGCAGAUUAUUAUGGUUACAGAGACGAUGAUGAUGGAAUUUUACUACCUUUGGAACAGAAAGCUGAACAAGAAGCAAGAGAAAAAGCAGUACAAGAAUGGUUAGCACAGAAUAAAAAAGAAUCAGAGAUUGAAGAGGAAAUCGAAACGACUGCACAAAAAGCAAUACCAUCACAGCAAGAUAUUCAGGAAGCGUUACUUGCAAGAAAAAAACAAGAACUAUUAGAGAAAUAUGUACUUUGACAGGUUUUAUUCCUUUUUCUUUAUGCAUUCAGUAACAACUAUUUGUAAGUUUAUUCGUUUAAUUAUAUUAGAGUACACUUUUAUAAAA